AUGGCUAGGAACAGAACUUCAUGGGGUUGUCUACCUCCCAGUAUUCAAAGCGAGAUUAUUGGUCUUCUCCCAAGUCUCGGUGGGAGGUGCAGUCAGCUCGUGACCGUUUCCAAAGUUUGGCAAUCAAUUAUUGAGCCGCUCAACUUUGCUGAGAUUAGCCUGACGGUACCGCGCCUUGCCGACCUCAACUCGCACGCUAUUUUGUUCCGAAGGAGAAACCAGAUUCGUUAUAUCUGGUUUCGGGUGGAACUGAAGCAGUACGAUUGUAGAAAAUGUGCGGGCACUGACCGGGACCUUUGGGGCUUGAACAAUGUCGACAACCAACUCAUCGCGGAUGCGUUUCAAAGCCUGUUCACGACACUGAGUCCAUGGGAGCCUCGCGGUGACUUGGUCCUCGAUAUAGGUGUCUACUCGCCCAGUGACAACCAGCACUGGUUCAAGUACCUAAGCUUCUGCUCAGACACCAACCUAGGCGAGUGCCUCUCUCGCCAUGGACACGAACAAGGAACCACCCAGACGAAUGACCCAGCUCAUGGCUGGGUUGCCGGACAACGGAUCAUUGCUCCUAGUCAAUACGCCACCGAAGUUGUAUUUGACGAGAUCAUGGCCGAGGGGCCUUUCGACGACGAGGAACCUGAGAUGCAGUGGUGGCGGAGUCUCCCCUUGGUACCCGUCGUCGGAGUCGUGCUCCUUCGCCAGCAGACCCGCCGACGAUGGAAGCCGGUUGCGCUCGCCAAUAUGCUCACGCGUGCUUACUUGAUCCCCGACAAUUCACUUGACGCAGCCGCUGACCACCCAGAAACAGGCAACCAGACGCUAAUCCAAUCCUUUCCCUCGACUGGAUUGUGCAAACUCACGAUAUUCGAGAACUUCAACGAGGCUUACCCAGAAAGCUUUUUCGAGUGUGUCACUAUCAGGGAGCCGGACCCGGCCGUGAGCCAGACACUUGCCCGCGCCAGUCUGUACCUCACGAUGCUAUCCGCCUCUUUCAUGGCCGACGCCAGUCACUUCUUCGCAGCGCGUCAAGAUUCAUGGACAUGGGAUAAGCUCACUUCACUAACGCUGACUUCGAGGGUUCUCACUAACCUUGCGAACCCCUUGACAAUCAACAACAUGCUUCGGGAUGCCGCUGUCGCAGCGCUCCAGAUGCCUAGACUUGACAUGAUGGAGUUAUGGAACGGCAGACGGGGUGUGGCAAUGCUCUUUCGCUACCAGAGGGCUCAAGGUGGGCAGCCAGCCAUCAUCACCAUACGGGGGACGGCGGAGCUCGCUCUAGGGAUUACGGCUACACAAGCUUGGGAUGUGGUCGCUCACCAGCACUUCCAUGGCGAGGUCGUCGUACACUCCUCUUCGAUCGAUCCAGAUACGAUCCGAUGCCAUGGUGAUGCGAUUCGCCAGCUGGGGCUCUUGACCGAGGUUACUAGGCCUGUCUCGUUGCGGCAGAUCCUCAGCGAAGAUCGGUUUCGACGGAAAGGUGAGAACUAG